CAGGGUGUGUGGCCUGUGACAGAGUCAGUGUGGACUCUGAGAUUCAGAUUUGAACUUUCUUUCAUUUCAGCUAUCUGUCUAAGAGUAAGGGUUGUGUGUGUUGUAAGUAGUCUGUGGCAAACGUGAUACAUGGUGAAGUAAAGAAUGAUGCUUUUCGAGGGUAAAGUGAUGGCUUUCUUGAGCAUUGCCAUUUCAGCUGGAAUACUAGCUGCACAGCAGCAAGCUGAAAACAUCCAUCUUCUUUCUCCAGAAGAGCAAAAAUUCAUUCAGAACGUAGGACAUAAAGGGUUACCCAGGGACUGUUAUGACCUGUGGGAAAGUUCUGGAGGUCAGGCACGGGAUGGUGUCUACAUAAUCAAGCCCAGAGUCUCACCCAUCGUAGCCUUCUGUGCCAUGCAGGAAGGUGGCUGGACUGUAAUCCAGCACAUCACAGUCAACAGCAGUGUGGACUUUGACCGCUCCUGGGAGGAAUAUAAGUUGGGCUUUGGAACCUUGACUGGCAACCAUUGGCUAGGCAAUGAGUACAUCCACCAACUCACCAGUGGACCCAUCCGCUACAAGCUGGGCAUCAAGCUAGUGGACAAAGAUGCCAUAACCAAAGCAGGUGAAUAUGACCCAGCACUGGUGGAAGGAGAAGAUGCACAGUAUAGGCUGCGUCUGGGCUUGUACCAUGGCACUGCUGUCGAUGCUCUCACUCUGGACCCAGAAAACUACCUCCACGAUAACCAGAAGUUUACCACCAAGGAUCGUGACAAUGAUAACUAUUUCCAGAACUGUGCCAAGCUAGAGUUCCAGGGAGUUGCAGGUGGGGGGUGGUGGUAUGACGCUUGUGCUGGUGCCAACCUCAACCGCCGAAACGUCAUCUAUUGGCAAAAGGACUGCAACAAGGAACACCUGUGCAAAUAUGCCUGGAUGAUGGUAAAGCCUUCAGAUAUGGUCAAAAUUGUGCGUUCUGCUGAUUGCAAAAGGGAUGAACUCUGAGCUUAUUGCAUAGCAUUCAGUGUGUGGGAGGGCUAAUCCGUACAAAUUCAUGUAAAGUUUUCUCUUUGAUCAUUUGAUUAAAAUAAUAGCAUACAGAAUGUUGGAGGGCUGAUCAACAGAAGAUAAAUUUUCUCUUGAUCAUAUGAUAAAAAUUAGCAUUCAGACUGUGGGAGAGUUGAUCUUCAGGAAAGUCAUGAUAAAUAUCCUCUUGAGCAUUUGAUAAAAACUCAGGUAACUGAAAAGGACUGGUUCUUAGAAAGAAUUUAUUAGAAGACCAAUUUUGAGGUUCUUUUAUAAAGAUCAAAUUAGUAUAAUUGUAUAGGGAGUAGCAAAGUUUUGAAGUAGAUCUAUAUUUCUGCAAACUGUACAUACAAAGAGGUUUGCAUAGAGGGCACAAAUAAUUAAUAAUAAUAAUAAUAAUAAUAAUAAUAAUAAUAAUAAUAAUAAUACAGCUGACUGAUUGUUUAUUACCUCCAUUGUCACUUGUAAUUUUAAUAAUAUGUAAUGAAAUAUUGUGAUAUCACUGUUUAAUUGAUAAACCCAAAUAUCCCUUAAAAAAUCUUUACAUGAUAUACAGUAUGUGAUAAUACAUUAACACAAAUAGGGAGGUUGUUAAUCUUACCAACAAAACAGCAAAAAGGGGUGCAGUUUAUGGAUUGACUAAUUAGUUUAAUUAAAAAAAGAUGGAAUUACAAAAACAUUACACAAAAAUAUUAACUUGAGCAUCAAAGUCUCCUUAAGUGAACAUAGCUCCUGUUUGCUGUAGUCUUUUUUGUUAUUGUUUGUUUGUUUGUUUUUUUUAAAUUAUUUUUUAUUAUUUGUCCCUUAAAACUUUGUUUGAGCUUGUAGCUCUUAUUUGUUUCUUCUCUUAUGAAUGGAAAAGGCAUUUGAUGAGCAUGUAAAAUCUUGAUCAAGUAUUUUUUUAAUGUUCAGAUUAAAGUGUAAUUUCCAAAAUA